AAAAAAAAAAAAAAAAUUUUAAAAUAAAUGUUAUCAAAUAAUAUUACUUUAACAGAAGAAAAUUCCAUAAACAACGCGACAUUUGAACCAAAAUACUAUUUUUCUGAUGAAGAAAAUCGACCUCCAAAAUUAUGGAAUAAUAAAUUAUGGUACAUUAUUGCAGAAGCAAAUGUUUCUUUUAAUAAAGACAUGUUUUGGAACGUUGUGGAACGUUGGACUAAUGAAGUAUAUUUAGUCAUUCCACCAAUUGAACGAGUAGAUAUUAUAAGUGAUAUUGAAAAUAAAACAUAUCAAGGAUCAAUACAUGAUGAAUUGUCUGCAAAUAUUAAUCCUGUACGAAGUAUUAAAAGAAAAUUGAUUCCUAAAAGAAAGAACAAAGAUGAAGAAUUAGAAGAACUAGUUGAAUAUUAUAUGGAUGAAGAUUUGAACGAAAGUCGAGUCAUUUACACACCAAUAAUAUCGAAUUCUAAAGAAUCUUCACAAGAAAAUGUUCCUUUUUAUUAUCCGAAGGUAUUUAGUUUUAGUUAUGUUUACAAGGAGUACAACAGUGAUUCAGAUAUGGAUUAUCAAUCACAAAUAUCAAUUGAAAUUAUUCCCUUACAAUCUGUUCAGUUUACUGAUAAAAUGAAAUACGUAUAUAAACAAUUAUUUAAAAAAUUAUAUAAGUGGUGUCAAAAUACAUCAAUGGGUUAUGAAAAGCGUGUUCAUCAUGAUUUGCUAGUACCGAAAGAAUUAUAUAAAGAAACAUAUCAAAGAUUAAAAAAUAAAUAUGCGACAGAUUUAGUUAGAAAUUGGACGGAAAAGACUGAUCCAGUAAAAUUCGUAUUUGAAGAUAUUGCUAUAGCAAGUUGGCUAAUUUCUUUAUGGGAAUUAGAGAGAAUUGAACAAAAAUCUUCAAAAUUACAAUCUUUUAUUGAUUUAGGUUGUGGUAACGGAUUGUUGACUUUUCUUUUAUCAUCUGAAGGAUACACUGGAUUUGGAGUAGAUUUAAGAAAAAGAAAAAUAUGGGAUAAAUUUAUUGAAAAGGGCGCUAAUUUGAUAGAGGAGGCAAUUCAGCCGAAUUCAAUAACUUACCCUAGUACAGAUUGGAUAAUAGGGAAUCAUGCUGAUGAAUUAGUUCCAUGGAUACCUAUAAUAGCUUCAAAAUCAUCGUCUUUCACAAAGCUAAUGGUGAUUCCAUGUUGUUUCUAUUCAUUAUCUGGUUCAAAAUAUACAUUUCCGAAUCAAGUAAUAACUUCAGGAAAAUAUAAAGCAUAUCAAGAAUAUAUUCAAGAUAUAAUAAAUAAAUGCGGGUUUAUUACAGAAAUUGAUUGGUUGAGAAUUCCUAGUACAAAAAAUGUCGUAUUGGUCGGAAGAAAAAGAAGAGUCUUCGAUUCUAAAGAUCAAAUUGAUCAAUUAAUAUUAGAUGCUGGAUCUAUUAUCAUUAGAAAAUAACCUAUAAUGAUUUAUUUCUAAUAAUUCAAAUAAUCAUUAUAAAGACCUUCCGGUCGUCCCGAUAUUUUAUUUUUUUUUUUGUCACGUGGCCUUUAAACACGGAAAAUUAUUUUCAAUAUUUU